CCAUCCUGCUGCACAGGGUCAUCAUCCUGGGUGACGCGGACCCCAUCAUCACUGGCUUUGCCACCAUGGGCUUCCUCAACUGUGGGGAGAAGGGUCAUUGAUAGCACUUACAUCCCCAUCCGGGCCCCUGACCACCAGGCCUCUGAUUAUAUCAACCAGAAGGGGUACUUUUCCAUGGUCUUUCAGGCCCUCAUGGACCACCAAGGCUGGUUCCCUGACAUCAGCAUCAGGUGAUCAGGGAAAGCGCACGAUGCCCGCAUCUUCUGCAACUCCAGCCUCUACCAGAAGAUGCAGGCCAGCACUUUUUUCUCCGACCACACGGUCAGGGUUGUGGACAUGCCCAUGUGCAUUAUGAGGGAUGCAGCCUGCUCUCUCCUUCCCUGACUUAUGAGCCCUACACGGGACACCUUGACAAAGCAAAAAACAUUUCAAUGGCAGGCUCAACAAGGCUCACAUUGUUGUGGAAGGUGCCUUCAGCCAUCUCAAAGGGAGAUUCCACUGUCUCCUCACCCAGCUGGACCUCGGAUACAGAGAAGGAAAUAGGCUGGACAUGAAGAGGACAUUUCUUCAUGGAACCCAGAAAUUUCUCCCCAGCUUGCCCCAUAGCGUUACAAUGGAUUUGCUAGAAGACGUGCUGCUCUUUGUGGAAGGCUAGAGAAAAAUGAGUACGUGUGUGAGGAACCACUGAGGUGGACAUCUGAGGCAACCACCAGUAAAACUGUUUGUGUCAAUGAGGUAUGUAUCAUCAGAAAGAGAGAAGGCGUGAAGGCCACUGUUAAAACGAGAUGGUCAAGAGAAGAGAGGAUGAAGAAUCUUACCGAUGCCAAAGAACCAUCAGUGUGUAUCCAUGAUCAGGGAUUGGCAGAUUGACGACUCUAAAGUGGAGCUGGCACCCCUAAAGACAAUUGAUUAAGCAGUUCAGGACAGGAUGAGCCUCUCGGAGGUGUUUUGGAAUGUUAACGUCAAAUGAUAAGACCAAUGAAGGAGUAACCGGUCACAAACUGACACCGCGAAAUCCAUAGACUUCAACAGAGGAAAGAGGAUUAUAAGAACAGGGUGCUUUGCUAUAGGACUUUGGGUUCGUCUUGCCACCAACUCCAGGAGCAUCGGAUCACGACCGACAAAGCCCGGCUCCCCUCUGCAAUCAAUCUGGCUGGUCACUAGAUUGAUUCAGACUCUGGACUGGUAACUAUAACAUUGCUGUCUCAAAGAAAGGAUGCCAAAGAAGAUGCAGCUAAACUAAGAACCUAUUGGAAAGUGAAUCAUGCAGCUUUCCGAAAGGAGCUGAAAUGCAGCCCUCUGGCAGGGUCAUGAACCUGAGACAAGUCUUUGUGUCUGUAUUGAUGUUUGGAGUAGCAGGUCUAUUCCUCUUCAUGUACCUGCAGGCUUGGAUUGAAGAACAUCAUACAGCGUCCGGAGAAAAAUUACAACAGCAGAUAAUUAAUCAGGAUUCCAAGCUCCAGCUCCCAGAAGACCUUGCCAUGGCACCAAAAAAUUGUACUGCUGCUAAUCUCAGCAAACGACAGACAAGUGUAAUCAAUAGUAGACAUUCACGGGAGAAAGCUAGGCCUCUCAUUGAGGUAGCCAGCUCGUUGGUGAGACAAUUAUCUGAACAGCAGAAGAUGACUAAAUCCUUUUUAAACCAGCUUAAACAAGUGAAUUUACCACCAGCAGUGCGCCCUUUAAAUAAGAGUUUAAUCAUAGAUGGCAGAUGGAAAACCACAGAUGAAGCUCAAGAGAAACGCAGAUCUUUUCUUUAUGACUUCUGUAAAAAAUACAAUCGUGAGAACCGGCUCAGAACCCAUCUACUGCAUAUGGUAUCCAGAAUAUAUGUGGAGGACAGACACAAAAUCUUAUACUGUGAAGUGCCUAAAGCAGGCUGUUCCAAUUGGAAAAGGAUUCUGAUGGUGCUCAAUGGACUUGCUUCUUCAGCAUACAGUAUUAGCCAUGAUGCCGUACACUAUGGAAAGCAUCUGAAGAAAUUGGACAGUUAUGACUUAAAAGGGAUACAGACACGUUUAAAUACCUACACUAAAACUAUAUUUGUACGUGACCCCAUGGAAAGACUGGUGUCUGCAUUCAGGGAUAAAUUUGAACACCCAAACAGCUACUACCACCCAGUGUUUGGAAAGGCUAUUAUUAAGAAAUACAGACUUAAUGCACAGGAGGAGGCACUGAAAACAGGAUCAGGUGUUAAGUUCAAAGAAUUCAUUCAGUAUUUAUUAGACUCCCACCGCCCAGUAGGAAUGGACAUUCACUGGGAUCAGAUCAGCAAACUCUGCUAUCCCUGCUUCAUCAACUAUGAUUUCAUAGGAAAAUUUGAAACUCUGGAGGAAGAUGCCAAUUACUUUUUGCAAUUGAUAGGUGCCCCAGCACAGUUGAAGUUUCCUAAUUUCAAAGACAGACAUUCCUCUGAUGAAAGAACAACUAUGGAAGUUGUGAGACAGUACUUAAAGGAGCUGUCCAGGACAGACACACAGCUGACCUAUGAUUUUUAUUACUUGGAUUAUUUAAUGUUUAAUUACACAACACCAGUUGUGUAGCUCUGAAUGAUUUUUAAAUUCUAUCAGACAUUUAACAUUUUGGCCUCAAGCCAGCAACUGUAAUGUUACCUUAAAGCUCUGAGUGGACAGAGUUGUAACUGCUACGUGGAAUUGGCUUGACUUAGUGGAGAUUUUAUGAAUGAAAGUGACACCAAUUGACACAAUUAUAGGAGAAGAGCACAAAAAGACCUGUAAACGAUUUACAUUGCACUGAAAUGAUGGGGGAAAACUGCUGUUGAGUAAUGGAUUCUAUUGUGGCAGCAGUAAUCUGGCCAGCUGUUUCAUUAGCUUCGCUAAUGUUCUUGUGAUGAUUUGAAAAACAUUCAAAAUAGCACAGAUUUGCGUGUGUGUCUGUAUAGGAAUAAUAUAUCAAGCUUUUUGAAUUUUUAUUAAGAUGCCACAGACUGAAAAAUAUUAUUGGUAAAUUCUAUAAGAUAUAUGUAAUGUUAUCAGUGGCAGUGAUGUACCCAUUUAUCACCUACUGCCUCUCUUGGCAUUUUAAUUUUUAAAUAGUGUACAUCAUAUGAAGGAUUUCUAUGAGCAAAACCCUGAACCUGGUGGCCAUCCUAAGUAUCUGGCAGAACAAUACAGUGGUUGCUGUGGAACAUCUGUGGAGGUUUUCUAUGGCAGCAACGGCAGUACAUGGCUAUUGCCCCCCAUCACAGGCAGUGAAAGAUCCUGUUGCAUGGGCACCCAUUAUUUUAGGAUCGUUGGUAACCAUGAUCACAGUUAAAUAGGGAUUACUAUAUUGCAACAGCUGCUUCCGACAGAAUGGUUGCCAUGGGUUGUGAGCUGUGUUCUGGUACCUUUUCUCUCCUUUGCUGAGUUUGGGCCAUCAAGCAGCAAACCUCAGAAAGAUGGAGGAUGCUGCUUUCUGAAGUGACAGGAUAGGAAAUGGCCACUGUAAUCCCUGAGGCAGAUUUAUGGAAUGUGAGUACAAAAUCCCAUUAUCCUGGUUAUAACGGUAUAGAACCUGAGGGCAGGAGGGUGGAAUACCCUAUUUGUGACAGAUGUAAUGAAGACAAGUAUAUCUUGAGACUACUGUAUCUAACUUAUAACUAUUAUCUCUAUUUCCAUGAGCCAGGUAUGUCUGGUUGGGGAGGAUUUUCAAGCUCCACAAGUAACUAAAACGAUUAGGAAGUGAUUAAUGUAAAAAUCCCAAGGCUGGGUUAUGGAGAUAUCCAGCUCUUUGAGGCUUCAGUUUCCUGGGGGAAAGGGGUGUUGAUUUGUUUUACCUGGUUUUAGGAGGCUGACAAAGGGUUUGGGGGGUAUAGCAGACUCAAGAGCCACCUUUAAGAUUUAAUAAAUGGAUGUGACCUUUUGUUCAAGGGAGCACCCAAUCCCACUGAAAGUCUGGAAAACUGGAACGUCCAGGGUCCAUAGGACAGAUGGGGAGUCCGAUCUUGGUUUUGCUUUGUGUUUUCAUUUUUAGCUUUAAAUAAAUGUACCUUGCUUUGGAAAAGCUGUGUGGUCAUUGCUAAUAACAGUUGUCUAGUUCUUAAUUGUUCUAAAGUGCAGAGGCUGCACGUUUGUCAGACCUGCUAGGGAAAAUCACAGAAAGUGCCAAAGUGACUACAGGCUAAAACCUCAGGUCAGAAUGGAGUGGGACAUGGGUCUCUGCCCAGAGAGAAGUAAAGACUUAGAGGCCUGGGACCUGAGCAGAUCAUGGAGACGUGGGGUUGAACAUGCAGUUAUCCAGAAAUUCUUACACACUCAUCUGUGAUGCAAUCAGUUGCUUCUGAAGCAUUAUGGUAUAGAUGCUUGGAAUGUUCCAGAAGGUGGGAACCCUCCUCAAAAACUCGGGAAAAGUCUCCAUAAAAUCUCUGCUAAACCUAUGAGAGCAAAACCCAACAUUAUUUUUUAUUUUUUGUAGUUUUGAAAUAGUUGCUUCCAGUCUCGGGAUACGAGGAAUUGUAGAAUGAAGAGAACCUUCUAUAGAACUCUGUGGUUAGUGACUCUCCAUUCUUCAUUAUCAGAAUGACUGCUUCCAAGGUUCCUUCCCCAAAUAACUGUAUGGCUCUAAUAUUGCCAAAGGCACAGUUGCCGAGGCAGGGAGGUAGGAGAGCAUUUCCCCAUCACAAACCUAGUCUGAGGAGUAGGGGCACUGCAGUGCCGUUUUCUAAUCUCAACUCUCAGCCUGUGGUAGAAAAGAGGAAAGGGGGGGAGGCCAGUUUUAACCCCAUAAAUGCUGCUGUCCAGGAGGCCUAUCGUACAGCUGAUGAUCACAGGUUAGCAAAUCGCUCAAAGCUGAGAGCAGUGAAAGUUCCAAACUGACCCAUUAGAGGGAAGAGUUUAGCGUCCUCCCUGCUAGCUGCACUUGUAGCAAGGGGAUGGAAGAGUGCGCUUCCCCCAAAACUGGACCAUGGGCACCUUUCAGUUCUUCUCCCAGUGAGGUAGGAAGGGAAUAGGCACCCUACAUUGAAGAGACUGUACACAAAGGUUUGUGGGAGAGAAAAGAGAGUGGGAAAGAAACAUGGAGAGAGGACACUGCGGGAUAAGGAACAUAAAGGCAUACAAUGUUCCAGGCAUGUACGCACAGGGAAAUAUGGCAGGAUUGUGUGUGCACACAUGGAUGCCUAUGAAGUAUGGCUAUAUAUUUUAGUGUACAAAUAUAGGACAUUGUGGGUCUUUUGAAGGAAAGUACUUGGUACAUCUCUGGAGCCAUCUUAUGGGCAAAAAUUACUUCACUGAUUUUUCCCCCCCUUUUUCUCCCUCUUGUGACUCCAAAUGUUUUUGGUGGUUGCUGCUGUGGAUCCAGCAAGCCAAUGA